AUUCCGCACUAUAAAAGAUUUACUGUGACUGCAAGUAAUCUCACUACGUAAGAAUACAUUGCAACAAUGAAGAACGCUCGGUGCAAUCUAGUAGUAAACUUAAUUCUGCUUCUGUGCAUCAUAUCAAGAGGGUUAGGUCAAAAGGCAAGGCUGUUGCAAGCAACUAGACAAGGUAGUACUCCUCAGACUUGCGGAGCUAACGAUUGGGGGCCGAAAUGCGCUGACUGCCUAAAUUUAUUGACUUGUGCUGGUGAACAAAUCAAUAUUCAAACGUGCAGCUCAAUCAAUUCUCAGAGGCCCUACUGUGACCUCACGAGUAAUGCGUGCGUGGCUUCUAUAGAUAACUCUCAAUCGUGUGUUCCUCAGGAUUAUAAGUGCACAGGACAUGGACAGUUCCCUGAUCCCAGCAACUGUAGGCGGUAUUAUAUAUGUGAUGCACCGAAUGCUGCGCCCCUUGGGGUCUACGAGUGUCCUGCGAAUUACGUGUAUAAUUCUAAGACCGGUCUAUGUGUCCGAUCGAUUUGCCAGAAUAUCGAUUGCUCGAAAACACCCAAUCAAUAUAUAAUAAGCUCAGCAGAUCCAUCGAUACUAAUUUACUGCUUCAGUGGGAAUAAUGUGCAGAAACCGUAUGUGUUCCGAUGUCCUGAUCCACAGAACAUGCAAUACGAUAAGGAUUCUUUGAAGUGCGUUUAUAAGUGUACAAGGGAAGGUCGCUUCGCAGACAGGGUGAAGUGCACCGGUUUCUACGAUUGCUUUUGGAGUAUUUACGGGUAUCAAUAUAAUCACAACACAUGUCCUUCGGGGUAUGCCUUUAAUGCAAGUAGCUUACAAUGUGUACAGGCUACAACUUGUAAGAACCAAGUUGACGGACAAGAAGUGAGUACAACUUCGACCCCUAGUCCCCAAUAGUCUGAUGAAAAUUAAACUAUAAAUGACGAGGUUGGAUGAAUCCAUGUUUCCCCAUUGUGAAAUCUUCAGUGAAAUAAACAAUUACUUUACUCCUAUCAGAGAAAAUCUCUUUAUUUCCGCUAUCUAAAUACAAUAAAUUCUUUAAGGACAAAUAA